AUGUUUGGUUCAAAGAAAUCUCCUUUGAAGAUUUCUAAGCAUAACAAGGUUGACCCUCAAUGUCCUGCUCCUCCUCGGUCAAACCCGUUUGAUUCUGACGAUGAGUUUGACACUAAGAAAACCCUUAAACCACCAAGAAAAACUUCUUCUGAACCCAAUCUAACUGCACCCAAUUUUAGCACCAAUCCUUUUGACGAUGACGAGGAAAGAGGGACGUCUUCUUCAUCUACAUAUUCCCUUGCUUCAGCGGCAAGACAUAAUUACAAGAAUGAUUUCCGUGAUUCAGGAGGACUAGAGAACCAAUCUGUUCAAGAAUUGGAGAAUUAUGCUGUUUACAAGGCUGAGGACACCACAAAAACAGUAAAUGGCUGCUUGAAGAUUGCUGAAGAAAUGAGAGAGGGUGCAACAAGAACUUUGAUCACCUUGCAUCAACAGGGUGAGCAAAUUACCAAGACCCAUGAUGUUGCUGUCGAGAUCGAUCACGAUCUUAGUCGGGGUGAGAAGCUUUUGGGAAGUCUUGGAGGCAUGUUCUCUAAAACUUGGAAGCCGAAAAAGAAUCGUCCAAUUAAGGGCCCUGUUAUCACAAGAGAUGCUUCACCUCAAAGGAGAGGUAACCAAUUGGAGCAGAGGGAGAAGUUGGGGUUGAAUCAUGCAUCGAAGGGACGAUCCAGCACACAAACACCCCUUCCUGUGCCAACCAAUGCAUUUCAGAAAGUUGAGUUAGAGAAGUCAAAGCAAGAUGAUGCGCUGUCUGAUUUGAGUAAUAUAUUAGGAGAGUUGAAGAAUAUGGCCGUUGACAUGGGGACUGAAAUUGACAGUCAAACCAACAGCCUGGAUCAUCUCCAGGAUGAUGUGGAUGAGCUAAAUUUCCGCGUUCGGGGUGCUAAUCAACGUGGUCGUCAUCUGCUUGGAAAGUAG